CUCUCCCUCUGUCUGUCUCUCGAGACGCGUCGAGCUGUUCCCAGCCCGUCCCUCCUCGUCCUCUGCCCGCCGCCCUCCCCCCUCUUCUUCUUAAAGCUCUAAUGGCAGUGGAGUGAGCUGCGCACUCGCACAGUGGAGUCUUGAGGUGGUAGUAGAUUGGGGCGCGGCGGCGGCGGCGGUGGUGGAGUCCGAGUCGGAGGGGUGGAAAGGAGGGAGGAAGGAAGGGGCGCCGGGGGCCAGGAAUAGUGUGUGGUAGAGUGGGCGCCUAAUUUGGGGGCGGGGGGAACGAAAGGCCCAGGCCCUUGGCCGGAGGGAGGGCGGGGGUUGGGUUCUCGGACCGGCCAUUCAUGGCGCCGUGGACCGGCUUAUGGGGCGCUAGGGCCGGCGCCGGCGCCGGUGCCUACCGGGGCACGCCGGUGGUGGUCAAGAUGGAGAACCCCAACUGGUCCAUCUCCGAGAUCUCCCCGGAGGACGCCGAGGACGAGGACUUCCUCGUCUCCGGCGCCGGCGCCGCCCGCCGCCGCAAGGGCGGCCGCGGGAAGAACGCCAAACAGAUCACCUGGGUGCUGCUCCUCAAGGCGCACCGCGCCGCCGGCUGCCUCGCCUCGCUGGCCUCCGCGGCCGUCACCCUCGGCGCCGCCGCCAGGCGCCGCGUGGCCGACGGCCGCACCGAUGCCGACGCCGGCGCCACGCCCGGCUCGGCGGGCGAGAGCCCCGUGCUCCGCUCCCGCUUCUACGCCUUCAUUAGGGCCUUCCUCCUCCUCUCCCUGCUCCUCCUCGCGGUCGAGCUCGCCGCGCGCUUCCACGGCUGGGACCUCGCCGCCUCCGCCCUGGCCCUCCCCAUUAUCGGCGUCGAGUCGCUCUACGCCUCCUGGCUGCGCCUCCGCGCCGCCUACCUCGCGCCGCUGCUCCAGUUCCUCACCGACGCCUGCGUCGUGCUCUUCCUCAUCCAGAGCGCCGACCGCCUCAUCCAGUGCCUCGGCAGCUUCUACAUCACCGUGAAGCGCAUCAAGCCCAGGCUCAAGUCCCCGGCGCUGCCGGACGCCGAGGACCCCGACGCCGGCUACUACCCCAUGGUGCUCGUGCAGAUACCAAUGUGCAACGAGAAAGAGGUGUAUCAGCAAUCAAUUGCGGCCGUCUGCAACCUCGAUUGGCCGAGGUCCAACUUCUUGGUUCAGGUUUUAGAUGACUCCGACGACCCGACGACGCAGUCGCUCAUCAGGGAGGAGGUCGCGAAGUGGCAGCAGACCGGGGCCCGGAUUCUGUACCGGCACCGCGUGCUCAGGGACGGGUACAAGGCCGGGAACCUCAAGUCGGCCAUGGCCUGCAGCUACGUCAAGGAUUACGAAUUUGUUGCCAUCUUUGACGCUGACUUCCAACCAAACCCCGACUUUUUAAAGCGCACUGUGCCACAUUUCAAGGACAAUGAUGAAUUGGGGCUGGUGCAAGCGAGAUGGUCGUUUGUGAACAAGGAUGAGAACUUAUUGACUCGGUUGCAGAACAUCAAUCUUUGCUUCCACUUUGAGGUGGAGCAGCAGGUGAAUGGUGUCUUCUUAAACUUCUUUGGGUUCAAUGGCACGGCCGGCGUGUGGAGGAUCAAGGCGCUGGAGGAGUCCGGCGGGUGGAUGGAGCGGACAACAGUGGAGGAUAUGGACAUUGCGGUUCGGGCGCAUCUCCAUGGCUGGAAGUUUAUCUUCCUGAACGAUGUCGAGUGCCAAUGUGAACUGCCAGAGUCAUACGAGGCUUACAGGAAGCAGCAACAUCGGUGGCAUUCCGGUCCAAUGCAGCUAUUCAGGCUUUGCAUACCGGACAUCAUCAAGUCCAAGAUUUCGGUGUGGAAGAAAUUCAACCUGAUCUUCCUCUUCUUCCUACUCCGGAAGCUCAUACUACCCUUCUACUCCUUCACGCUCUUCUGCAUCAUCCUCCCGAUGACCAUGUUUGUGCCCGAAGCCGAGCUCCCGGACUGGGUCGUAUGCUACAUCCCUGCCCUUAUGUCCCUGCUCAACAUCCUGCCGUCCCCGAAGUCGUUCCCUUUCAUCAUCCCAUACCUGCUCUUCGAGAACACCAUGUCGGUGACCAAGUUCAACGCCAUGAUCUCGGGCCUGUUCCAGCUCGGCAGCGCCUACGAGUGGGUUGUGACCAAGAAGUCGGGGCGGUCGUCGGAGGGCGACCUCAUCUCCCUGGCGGCGGCGCCGCCCAGGGAGCUGCGGCACCACCCGAAGACCGGGUCGGCGCCGAGCAUGGAGGCGCUGAUGGUGCUCAAGGAGCAGCCGAGCCCGAAGAAGGAAGGGAAGAAGCAGCAGAAGAAGCACAACCGGAUAUACAAGAAGGAGCUGGCGCUGUCGCUGCUCCUGCUGACGGCCGCCGCUCGCAGCCUGCUGACGAAGCAGGGUAUACACUUCUACUUCCUGCUGUUCCAGGGCAUCUCCUUCUUGUUAGUAGGCCUUGACCUCAUAGGCGAGCAGGUCGAAUGAAAAAAGAAAAAUGUAAACAUGGACACGAUAGAUUUUAAAAGGCAGUGGUUGGCACCAA